AUGUACAAUAAAGCAAUGAAUACCCGUCUUCUUUCUACCUAUAAAUGGCUUGCAACUGUUUUGAAGAGAAGCGUUCACCAUAUAAAAACAAUAGUUCAUAGAAUUGAUAAUUCAGAAAAAGACUUAGAAACAAAGAUGAUAAGUGUUUGGGAUAAACUUAACACUCUUACAGUGAAUUCUGAACUUACUAUGAACGACAUCAGAAAGCAAAUAAAGGAAUUUAGUAAGUACUUACAGUUGCCAAAAACUCGAAAAGUAAUCACUUCUUGGAAUAAAUAUGAAUUGCCGUAUAUUGAAUAUUUCAAAAACUUUGAUUUAAAGGCAAACAUGAAAGAUUUGACAGUCGCCAGGAUUUCAAGAGAGUUUGAAUACUGGGAAGAUGAACAAGGAAAAAUAAAACAAGUCAAAGAAAAUGUCGAGCGGUCCAUUCAGUUUCAAAUGAAUAUUCUGGAAAACGAACUGCAAGAUAUUGAGGAUGAAAUGCAGUCAGACACAGCAAGCAUAACAUUUGAAGAUUCAUUCAGUCCAAAAUCAAAACCUGGCAGAAGUUACUCUAUUCCAAUCGGUGCGGUUCAAACGUAAAUGUCAAAAAUAAUACUUCCAGUUAAACUUGUUAAUAGAAUGUUCAAACCAUUUGGAAAAGCUGGAAAAGAGGUUAGCAGUAUUUUCUAUGAUAAACAUAACAAAUGUAAACUUAAAGAGUAUCGUCGGGAUCCAAUAACUUGGGCAAC